CUAAAGUUGAACCGACUACUAGCAAGUCAAACGAGUAGACUUGUGUCACCUUGACUAUUAUCAUUUGGUCUACCACAUAUAAUUAAAGAUUUGUACCGGAUAAUUAGUAAGCCUACUAGAAGAAGCUACUACUUCAAAAAAUCGUCAUUAACUAACGGAGACUUGGUACGUGAGCAGUGAAAGACGCGAACAGUUCAAGAGAGGAAUUUGGUCCUCGAAUUAAUAUGUCUCUUGAAUGAUGUCAAAAACCAAAGUAACAUUUCAAGUGCAAAGGAUAUUGUAGCCAUAACAAUACGUAAAAGUACAUACUUUUGUUUUCAUACCACUUCAGUAAAACCUGCACACAGUAGUGAACAUCGUAGAGAAACAUUUUAGUGAAAAAUGUUUACUCAAGGUGAUUGUUUUUCGUAGUGGUGCUAGCGAGCCUGAUGCCUGGUCAAGACCUGUGGGCUGAAAGAUGUGCCAUACUAUAUAUGUGUAUGUUAUAUCUUUGUCACCAGUCCGACCUGGGGGUGGCGGCAAAGAGCGUACCUAGACAGAGUCACCCAUUCUUAUACUUCAACAAGCACGAUGUAAAGAGACUGCAGGAUGGUGCUUUAACUACACACGCACAUAUAUAUGCCGAUCUUAAAGAAGCUGUUGCCGAGAUCAUGAUUAGAAAGUAUGGGCAUAUCACUCCAAAAACGUAUCAAGAAUUCGGAUCCAAGUGGAAUGAAAUCUAUGGGAACAGUCUUCCACCGCUUGCCCUAUUCUCCGUAUUGAAUCCUGAAGACAAAGCAGUGUUUUACACCCUCCUGGAGAGUUUAGAUAACAUGGCAAAGCAACCAACUUGGGUGACAAUUCAAGCGCCCGAGGAUGAAGUCCCACUAGCUCAUUCCCUCGUUGGCUUUUCAACAGCCGUGGAUUUUAUAUUUCCGCGAUUAGAACCAAAAAGACAGGAUGCAUAUAUAAAGAAAAUUGUCAAUGAGACUCAGAAAAUGUACAAUCUUUCCAAACAGAGGUGGUGGGGAACAGUGCUGUUACAAAAUCAUGUCGCAACCAAUUUAGUUGCCCUCUUAACUGGAGCUCUAAUGACAAGAAAGUACACACCGACUGCAGAGAAAUGGAUAUCUGAUACAAUCCAACAAUUCGACAAAACAAUGACAUUCCUUGACCAAACGCACGAUGGGUCUUUAGAUGAAGGUGUGGCGUAUGGUAGUUACACGGCCAGAUCCAUAACACAAUAUUGCUUCCUACUUAAACGUCAUUUAGACAUCGAUCAUCACAACAACAAAUGGCUCCGCAGCCAUUUCUGGUUCUAUUAUUCUACCGUUUACCCUGGAUAUCAAAGAACAGUGGGCAUCGCGGAUUCCAACAUUAACUGGUUUUACGGGCCGGGAAGUCAACUAGUGUACCUCGACACAUUUGUAAUGAAGAAUGGGAAUGGAAAUUGGUUAGCGAACCAAAUUCGGAAUGCCAGAAAUAUGACAAGGAAACAGAGUCGUAGUCAGAAAGUAUGCACUAUUCAUACUGAAUAUAUCUGGUUUGAUCCGCACUUAAGUCCAGAACCUCCUUUGUUUCACAACACGCCUCAAAUGUACAUAUUUGAAGCAUGGGGGGUUAUUACCUACUCUACCGGUCUAGAUGACCCUCAACGGGAUACAUUCCUCUCAUUUAAAUCCGGUAAAAUACACGGAGAGACUGUGUAUGAUCACGUGCACAAAGCACCAGACGAAAACCCUAUCAAAGCGUCUAUACAUUUUAAUCCCGGUCACGAGCACCCAGACAAAAAUUCCUUUACUUAUUUUCACAAUGGAAAUCUUGUGAUAAGCGAAGGACUUUACGGUACCAAGUUAUCUUAUCUGGAUAACGUGCUAAUGUUUCAUCCAUCUGACGUUAGCCCGUGUACAGGUUCUUGGGGAGGCCAGUUAGGAGAUUGUGAGCGAUGGCUCCAGUGGAGAAAAAAAGUCGAACAAACUUAUAACAGAGGCGAUAUUAUUAGCUCUUCCGUUAAUAAAGAUAUGGUCCAUAUUGCAGGUGAAAGCGUAAAUGCAUAUCAUCCGAGUUUAAAACUCAGCAGCGUCUAUAGAAACUUGAUUCUAGUGAAACCCGAUCUCUUAUUUAUUAUGGACCACGUUGAAAAGCGAAAAGGCAGUAAAAUCACACAUACAAGCACAUUUUUUAACAAUUAUCUUAACAAGUUUAUUGGCGUGUGCAACCUCGGAAUUGAAUGUGACAGUGCUAUUAUUGAUACCGGUGGGGACACAUUUCGCAUUCAGUGGAUGGCUGAAACAAGUAAAGGGACAGAAUCUACAAUCAAAACAUUUCCAUCAAACACUGCGUCAAACCAUAAUCGAAUUCAUAAUCUUAAUGUUACGUUUGAACUCCCCGACGACAUUAACAGAAUGGCAUACAUCAUCCAUAGCUCGCAAGUGACGAUUAAUUCCAUGAAUAUAAUUGAAAGCACGGGAUCCUACAUCGUUUGGGAAAUUAACACCUCCUCUGGUGUGUAUAUCAUCUCCGUCAUAACAGAUUAUACAAAUGCUCAAAAAAGAAAUGGAAUGCCAAACAGUUUAGCAUCGGUUGAAUAUGACGGUGCAACGACAAUAUUUCAAAACCAAUACAAAUCAGCGGUAAGGCUAUUUUCGAAUGACACAGACAUUUCUAGGGACAGUAGUUCCUUUCCUUCGCCUAUAACGGAACACAUCGUAACAACUGAGACUCAAGAAGUCAAGUUUGAAAACGCUGAUGAUGUUGUUGUUGACGGCCCUGGGGAAAGAAAGCCAUUGUCAAAGUCAAAUCGCAAUAAUGGCGACAUUGGCGAGACGGGUAACCCCAAUCCGUCGACCAUUUUUGUAAUUAUAAUAGUCUCGUUGGGAGCCUCAGGAAUUUUGCUAGUGUAUAAAAUGCUUUUUGGUAGAUCUAGAGAUUCAAGAUCCGAUGUAUCCAAAUAUGUCAUUAUUGUGGCAUCGAUGACUAUUGUCUUCUACAUUUUAGAUAUAUAUUGAAAGACGGAUGUAUUUUAGUAUCAUUUUAAGGUGUCGUUCUUGUGUUACUAGCUAUUUCAUUUUACUCGAAAUGUGUUGAUUCAACGAUACGAUUUUAAAUUAUGCCCUAAUAUUAGUUUUAAUCUAAAAUGAACUUACUGUUUAAAUAAAGAUGGCGAGAUCAAUUGUAAUUUAAGAAUAUGGGUAAAAUCAAAAAUAAAAGUCAUAACGCAUACUCAUUUAUGAAGUUAUUAAUUUCUAGUUUAUGCACCACUACGAAAAAUCUAGUGAGAUCCUACAUUGCCCACUAAAAUAUUGGUACAUACCUAUAAAGUCGCCUGAACCCAUAAGCUUGGGGUAUAUUGCAGUGGUGUCAAUCUGUUUAUCAACUCUCUCUUGAGAGGAAAAAUUAAUCAAUGAACCACAUAACUUACAUC